CCGCAACACCAUAAAAUUACGGUAGACGAUUUUAGCUUUUGAAUAGAAUGCAAACAGAUAUUCAUAGCAAUGCAUGGCAGAGCAUUGAACAGUCGGCACUCAGGAUUCAUAUUCCUGUCCAGUUACAAGAAAAUCAAAACCGUAACAAACAUUUUUCUUUAAUAGAAUGUUCAUAUAGAUCUACUAGAACAUGUAUAUUAAUAAUAUUUUGCAUUGUGUCGUCAUUCCUGUUUCUUGGAAUCUUAGGAUAUAGCGUAGUCGUUUUCAUUCAAAUGUAUGAAUUUUCAUUGAAAAUUAAACAAGUCACUGACAAUGGUUCGUGGAGAUAUAAGUUUUUAGAUGAAACAAGUCUGUGUUUUUCUUUACGACGAGAAGAUGUGCACCAUUCUGAUUGUGGUAAAUAUUUGUACCAUGAUAUAUCGGAUCGUCAUAGUUUUACCUGUUGUCUAAGAGAUUCUAGCCAAUAUGCAUUGCUGUAUGGAAUGUUAUUACGAGAACAAACGAGGCGAUCAUCCGGAGUGGAAAACACAGCAUGUACUCAUGGAAGUGAAAAAAUAGAAUCCACAGAAAUAGAUAUCAUUCCUUGGUUACCGGUUAAAUCGUGUCAAUUUAAUGGCCAGAAUACACCAACUCAUAGGAUACAAAUAUCAGACAGUAAUAUAUAUUAUAUCUAUUUAUCGGUAUCGCUGCGAUUUAAAGAAACAUACCAAGAACUUCCUUACAACCAAAUACGCAUUACUCUAAUCCAGAGUACAACUAAUUCUACAUUUAGUAAUACCAAAGAGAAGAAACUUAUAAGCAAAGUAGUAAAAGUUCCAAAAGAAAGAUAUAGUUUUGAAAAUAUAUUUAUACAUGGAGAAUUUAGAUUGAAUCCAGGAGAUAGUUUAUAUGUUAAUAUUCAUAAUAAAAAGUACUUGAAUACACAUUAUUCUUAUAUUGGUAUAAUGAAAAUUUAA